AUGUUAAAACAAGUAAUUUCUAAGUCGGCCAGAGCUGUUUGCUCCAACUCGAGAGCAAUUUCUCAACGGCCUUUACUACGGACACAAUUCUCGCCAGCACCUUUAAGUCCUCUUCGAAGCAUAAGAUAUUAUAGCGACCAACCGGAAUCGGCUGCAAAAAAGGAAGACGAAGGGCCAACUGCGCAGGUAGAAGCACAGGAUGGUGAGACAGCCAAACCAUCAGAUGCUGAGGCUGAGCUCAAGAAGAAGUUGGAAACUAAAGAAAAGGAAGCCAUUGACUGGAAGGAUAAAUACCUACGGUCGGUAGCCGACUUCCGAAACCUUCAGGAGCGAACUCAGAGAGAUAUGAAGGCAGCUCGCGACUUUGCUAUCCAAAAGUUCGCCAAAGAUUUAGUCGAUAGCGUCGACAACUUAGACAGGGCUCUAACAAUGGGUCAAGAGAAGAUCAAGACCAUGGAAGAGGAGCAGAAGAACGAGGAUCUAAUCAAUUUCUACGAGGGUGUCAAGAUGACCGAGACCAACAUGCUCCAGACCCUUUCUAAGCACGGCCUGGAACGAUUCGAUCCCGAGGGAGAGAAGUUCAACCCUAACGAACACGAAGCAACCUUCAUGACCCCAAUGCCCGGCAAGGAGGAUAACACCGUCUUCCACGUUCAGCAGAAGGGAUUCAAGCUAAACGGAAGAGUGCUCCGAGCCGCCAAGGUCGGCGUAGUUAAGAGCCAAUAA